UGGUCUGCUCUGACGUGACGUCGUGCACGCAAACGCAACAGUAAAAACAGCUUCCAUCAUCACCCACGUCGAUGGCGCAUUGAGGGAAAAAUCGACUGUAAGCCAGGGGCGACACGAAAGUAGGGAAGGCGUUCAUGACAAAACACUCUUGUCGCCAGUUUAAUCAGACUCGCUGUGAAACAAGGCCGCGUAUCAAACCGGCGUGCUAAGCUAAAGCGGCUAAUGCGCUAACCACCAGCAGCCAAACAGGCGAAACACACGACAAUAAUAAUAGCCGCUAGGUUAGUCCAAGCUUGAACAGUUGCUCUCCCCCUCACCUUGCUGGAAGUCCCUCUGCCUUCCCACCUACGUACCACGCUGUCUGAAUUUAUAUGUGCAGGCGGAAUGGCUUUUCGUAGGAGCUGGUUCAGUUGGGACAGGUACAGCGAGGCGGACCUCUUUACCGACAGCUUGGGCCAGAACAACACUCUCUCCCAGGCCAUCCGGGCCGCCGCCUCCGAGGAGCCGGACGCCGACGGCAACGUGCUGUUUGGCCAGAUACAGGGCACCGUAGUGGGCCUCAAAUAUUACAGCGGGGUGGUGAACCAAGGCGAAAUGGUCGGUCUUGUGCGAGAGCCCCAGAACCUGUUUGACCGCAACGCCGUCAUGGUCACCAACAUCUAUGGGAGCCAGGUUGGCCACAUCAAGAGGGAGCUGGCUGCACCGAUGGCGCACGUCAUGGACAACAAACUUGCUAAAGUAGAAGGGGUGGUGCACACCGGGACAAAGAACAGAUUCUCCAUGCCUGUGAUUUUGUCCUUCUGGGGGAAGGAUGAGAACAAGGACGCGGUCACUCAGUGUUUGGCACGCCACGGGUAUAAACGCAACACAGGUGCAAGUCAGAAGCUGAACAGCUCAGGUGGUGGGACGGCAUUAAAUAAAAGAGGAACGACCAUUCCUCUCACAGCAGAGGAGCUGAAGAAUGCUUUUGACAACCUCUUUGAAGGCCUGCUGGAGAGUAAAGAGGGGGAAAAAGAAGCAGCUGAGUCUGUGGCCACCCCACUGCUGCCACACCAGCGGCAGGCACUGUCGUGGAUGUGCGCUCGUGAAAAUAAGUGUUCGCUGCCGCCCUUCUGGGAGAAGCGCGGCGAUCAGUACUACAACACCCUGACGUGUUUCUCGGCCAAGGAACUACCUGAGAGGGUCCUCGGUGGGAUACUGGCGGAUGACAUGGGACUGGGGAAAACGCUGACGACCAUCGCGCUGAUCCUCACCAACUUCCACGAGGGAAAGCCCCUACCCGUGUACAAACGCGAGCACUCCUCGCCUGGAAAAGCCAACAGAGCCGGACCGAGUGGCGCAGCAGCUCACGGUUUACGCUCAGGCCCGGCCCACUUGGAGGAAUCCUGUGUUCCCGCACCAACCAUAAAGGACACAGCAAAGCUGUCAGAGAAAGGCAAAAGAACAGCAAAAACCACCAAGCGAAAACACGAGGAUGCUGACUUUGCCUCAGUGAUGUGCGGAGGCCCGGCGUCGCCGACAAAUUUGUUCAAGAAAAAGAAAAAGAAGAGAGCGGCCAGCUCCACCCUGACUGCCGAUUACUAUGCCGCAAAGAGCCCUGGUGAGGCUUUAUCGGCAGGGGCGACUCUCAUUGUGUGUCCGCUGUCGGUCCUCAGCAAUUGGCUGGAGCAGUUUGAGGAGCACGUGCGAGCUGACAUCAAGCUGAAUGUAUACAUGUACCACGGCCCCGACCGUAACAAAAGUACCAAGUUCCUGUCAUCUCAGGAUGUGGUGCUCACCACCUACAACGUGCUCGCCUCUGACUUCACGAGUAAUAUCAGGAGUCCCCUGCAUGACAUCAACUGGUUGAGGGUGGUGCUGGACGAGGGCCACGUGGUGCGAAACCCCAACACGCAGAUGAGCAAGGCCGUACUGGACCUCAGAGCAGAGCGACGCUGGAUCCUGUCGGGCACGCCCAUCCAGAACAGUGUGAAGGACUUGUGGAUGCUGCUGGCCUUCUUGCGCCUCAAACCGUUUGACGUGAGGGAGUGGUGGAAUCGAGUCAUCCAGAGGCCCGUGACGCAAGGAGACAGAGCUGGCCUGCAGAACCUGCAGACAUUGGUGAAGUGCAUCACGCUACGGCGCUCCAAGAGCAGCGAGCUCGACGGUCGCCCGUUGGUCACGCUGCCUGAGAAGAGCGUCUGCGUGGAGCAGGUGGAGCUCAGCGCUGCGGAGCGCGAGGAGUACGAAGUGGCGCGCGAAGAGGGAAGACACAUCAUCGGCAGAUAUGUUGCUGAAGGCACAGUUUUGAGGAAUUACGCAGACGUUCUGUCCAUCCUGAUGAGACUCCGGCAGCACUGCUGCCACCCUGACCUGCUGGCUAGCACCGCCUCAGAUGCAGGUUUAGCCACUACGCCGGCCGAGCUUCGCGAGCGCCUCAUCGAGAAGCUGCGCGUGGUGCUGGCCAGCGGCUCGGACGAGGAGUGCUCCGUGUGUCUGGACUCGGUACGCCUGCCCGUCAUCACGCACUGCGCCCACGUCUACUGCCGUCCCUGCAUCGCACAAGUCAUCGGCACCGAGCAGGAGAGUGCUCGCUGCCCUCUCUGUCGGAGUGACAUCAAGAUCAGCGAGCUGGUGGAGUUCCCGCAAGAGGAGAUGGGGGAAGAGAGUGGAGGAAGAAGUCCCAGCAAGUGGAGAACCAGCUCCAAGAUCAAAGCCCUGAUUGGCAACCUGCUACGUCUUCAGCGUGAAGACGGCGGCGCCAAGUGUCUGGUGGUAUCGCAAUUCACCCGCUUCCUCACCAUCCUAGAGACGCCACUCAGGGAGCACGGCUUCAGGUUGGUGCGCUUGGACGGCACCAUGACCCAAAAGAAGCGAACCCAGGUCAUCCAAGAAUUCCAGAGCGCGGCCCCCAGCAGCCCCACCAUCAUGCUGCUGUCGCUCAAGGCCGGGGGUGUCGGACUCAACCUCACCGCCGCCUCCCACGUCUUCCUCAUGGACCCUGCAUGGAACCCAGCCACGGAGGAGCAGUGCAUCGACCGCUGCCACCGUCUGGGUCAGAAGAGAAAAGUCUUUGUCACCAAGUUCAUCGUGAAGGACUCUGUGGAGGAGAACAUGGUGAAGAUCCAGAAGCAGAAGCAGGACCUCGCAAAGGCGGCGUUCGGCUCGGUGGGCGCCGACCGCAAGACGUCGCGCAUCAAUGACAUCAAGGCGCUCAUGGAGUUGUAGAACGUGAACAAGAGCACCCAGUCUCUUUUGCCUGUUCCCUAUGUUACCUAUUUCAAACUUUAUUUCAUUAGUUGCUAUCUUAAGAUCAAGGUGCUCCACACUUUCAGUUCAGUCAGGGGUGGGGGAAAAUCAGUUGUUUAAAAAGGAAAUAUUACCAUCAUAAACCUUUGUUUGAUUGAAAAUGUAUUUUGUGCUUACUCCCUUAAAGUCUCUUCAGCAGGUAAAAUGCAUUCUCCGUAGGGUUCACGUCUGAGAGAUUGACAUGGGAAGUCUAAAAUCUUCCAUCUGUUUUCGUUUGUUUUUGCGUGACGUUGGACUAAUGUUCAGCACAUCUGCCUCACAGUUCUGAGGUACUGGAUUUGAAUCUCUGCUCGGGCUGUUGUUGGUUGAGUUUGGAUGUUGCUUGUGCGGGUUUUCUCCCAGAGUCGGCUGGGAUAAGCUCCAGCUCAAAAUGUUCCCGCACACCUCUUUUAAGGGCUCAAGACUUUCCGCCAAGGCUAAAAAUCGAUCUUUUACAUUUGUGAGUUUAAAAUGUACACUGCUGCUAAAUCUUACAGAAAUUGUAUUCAAGUUUUGAUUCUGCCCCAAAAUGUGUGAGAAAAACCUUGGUAGAGGUAAUGACACUCGCCCUGUUUUUGUCAUGUUUGAACUGUAAAAGAUUGUUUUCUAUAUUGUUUAGUAAGCACAUUAAAAAAAAAAAAACAA